UCAGCAUAUAAAAGGUGAUUGUAAACCGUUGGACUACUUCAUAGUUUCAACGGCUUGAGAGUUGACCAUUCCAUUUUCAAACAGUUUACCAAAGUUUAGUCUUUCUACAAUCCAAAAAGAUGGCUUGUGAAGAAGUAGUCCAGUUUCCUGAGGAUUUUAAGCUUGGAUGCGGAUCUGGUGCGUAUCAAAUUGAAGGUGCAUGGGAUCAAGAUAACAAGAGUUGUAGUAUCUGGGACCAUUAUUUCCACACUAAAAAAAUCAUGGUUCACAAUCCAGAAGUUAUUCACUUGACUUUCGAGAAGAAACAUACUAGUUUUCACAGAGGUACAGAUAUUCAUGAUAAAGAUCCGACUCGUGGUUUCUCACUUGUCAAUGGAGAUGUUGCAUGUGAUUCGUAUAAUAAACUCGACGAAGAUAUUAAAAACUUGAUUGAACUUGGAGUUAAUACCUACCGGUUUUCCAUGAGUUGGCCAAGAGUUUUGCCGAAUGGCGAUGACCGAUUCGUAAAUGAAGCUGGAGUUAAUUAUUACAAAUCGUUAAUUCAAAAACUGUUGGAUAACAAUAUUACACCAGUGGUAACAAUGUACCACUGGGAUCUACCGAACAUUCUCCAGGACCUUGGUGGAUGGUCGAACCCAAACAUUGUUGGGUAUUUCGAAAAUUACGCAAAUUUUCUUUUCAAAACAUUUGGCUCACAAGUCAAACUGUGGACUACAAUCAAUGAACCCAGAUUCGUAGCUCUUGCUUAUGGUAAUGAGAACAUUGCACCUAGUGUCGGUGAAGUAUUCAACGGUAUCGCCGACUACAUGGCAAUUCGUAAUGUGUUGCUUUCCCACGCAGCAGUUUACAAGUUGUACAAGAAUAAGUACUUUGAAGAACAGCAGGGUGAGAUCAGUUUGUGCUUAGACACAGCGGCGUAUUUUCCACUAAAUCCGGAUUCAGCGGAGGACCAGGAAUGUGUUUCAAAAUCAUUUGAAUUUUCGCUUGGAGUAUUCAUUCAACCAUUGAAAAACGGCACAUUUCCACAAUCGUUGUUAGAUGAGGUCGCUAGAACAGACAAAUACGAAAACAUAUCUUUAAAGCGUAUCGUUGAAUUUACCGAGAGCGAAAAGCAAGAUCUCAUAGGAGCAUAUGAUUUCAUUGCUUUCAAUUAUUAUGAUUCAUACAAGGUAAGACCAAUGACCGAAGCUGAAUUCAAGGCUGAGAAAUAUUUACUAAAUAAAGAUUUGGGAGUACAAAUGUCCUCGAAUGCAGACAACAUGGAUGAUACCUUCAAAGGAUUUACUCAAGUGGUUGAUUGGUUAGUAGAAAACUUAGAUAAUCCGAAACUGUUUAUUACUGAAAAUGGCAUUUCUGAGAAACCAAAUGAAGAUGAAAGUGAAAAAAAAAUCAAAUACCAUCGUGGUAUUUUGACGGAAAUUCAUAAAGCCUUAAAGAAAGGUGUUGAUAUUAAAGGGUAUUGUGUCUGGUCGUUUAUGGAUUCGUUGGAAUGGACAAGUGGAUAUUUUAAUAAAUUAUUUGGUAUAUAUAGCGUGAACUUCAACGACCCAGAAAGACCCCGUACCAAAAAGCCAUCCUUUGAGUUCUUUCGAACAGUUUUCACAACGAGAGCCUUACCACCUGUCGAAUGCGAAUAACAUGAUUGUGGAGAAACGGUCUAUUUUAAAGGGGUUAAAUAAUUUUCAAAACUUAAAAAUGUUUAAAUUUAGAUAUAUUUGAAUUAGAAUUAUUUCUGUAGUCAGACGUAUAAUGUUAUAGUAAUAUAUAGAUGAGAAAUAUAUAAGUUUAAUUUAUGAUUAA